AAAUGGCCGAUGAUGACUGAUCUGUAAACAAAUGGUAACUCUCACUUGAAGCUGUUUGAAAUCUAUAUAAUAAAACGUUUUUAUUGUUUGAAUUAUCAAGACAUGGAAGCUGAAGGAGGUACAGAUUCAAGGACAGCACACAUACCAACAGACAUGACCGAGGUUAAUCAUGAAACGGAAACUGGAAGCAUUGGCCAUGACCAAGCCUCCGAAGUUCCUGUGAGCAUCAUCAGCAGUGGACCUGUGUACCCCGCAUCCCUUGUACCAGGAGCAUUGGGAGGGGAUGCAGGAGACGGAGCUCAGCCAGAGAAGAAGGACUUUGAGAGCAUCUCAUUGGAGGAGGUGAAAAAGCCCAGGAGAAUCAUCCAUUUCAGUGAUGGGGUACUGGAGGAAUACAGCACGGAUGAAGAGGACGGAGAAGGCGAAGAGUUGGCGAAGGCGCCUCCCAUUGAUCCAAAAACUUUGGACUGGUUGCCCUACAUGUGGUACUGUAUGGUUAAGUCAGGAACAACUACAUACAAAGUUUGUGACUACCUUGGCGAGAAACUGGCAUAUUUUUUCGGAAUCACAUCACCAAAGUAUGGUUAUGCCCUGAGUGAAUACAACAGAUUAGAGAAAGAGGAGAAGGAGGAGCUGGAUCGCCAGAUGGCUGAGAGAGAAGAGCAGAAGGAUCUGGUAACAAGACAGGAGGCAGAGAGAGUAUUCCAAGCAUCCAUGGCCAGUCAGCCUGAACCGGGACUACCUACAAGCACUCACUGAGAUAGGGCUCAGUGUACGACACAUGCUUCGAUGAGAAGUGCUCUGUGGGGUCUGUAUCCUAUGCAAAUCUUAACUUUAUCAAGUUAAUUUAUCAAUCUUCAACAAAAUUCACUCAAACUUCGAUUCCGGGACCAUGCAGUACACCUAACCCUAACCCUCAAGGGCUCAACCUAUCCCUAACCCGAUCACAACCUAACACUCUACCGGUAUGUUCAAUAAAAUCACGUCUUGAAGCAGUUGUUGCCAGAGGAUAUAUGUCAGAGCACCUGAGAUAGAGCCAAGGAACUGUUAAAACCUGAAAUAAUAUAUUCAGUUUAGAAGAGAGCUUUGUUAUGUUUGAUUUGCUUGAUGAAAAUUUGUUAAUAGUAUCAUUACCAGUUUUAUUUUGGAUGUUGCUUAAUUUUAGAAAUAAAACGGCAAUUUCGAGCCCUUCAAGAAAAGUAGAAAGCAAAGGCUCAUUUCUUAUCUAAGGUUUUUUUUUCCAGUUUAUUAUUUAAUUGAGAGAGCUUUCGAAUAACACUGUGAAACUAAUCUUUUUUCUUCUUCUGAGUGAGUGUUUGAUAUACAUCUAGCACAACAAAGGCAUAGUAUGUUCAUUGUUCAAUCCACUAUGCCAUACAUGAUGACACUCUUAAUCCAAAUACAUGUUACUCAUGAAUGCAAUUGCAGGAUAUAUUUUGGGGGGUCAUUACUGCAGCACCAGAAACUUAGUACAUUUUGUGAGUACCCGGUACUAUUUUUUUGUGGUAGUCCUGCGUAUUGCUAAAAGCUCUAUUAAGUAUGUUUAAAAGUGCUGAUUUUGGUCAGAAUAUAAUAUAUGUUUAUACCACCUACAUCAAAAUGUGGUGCCAGAAUUAUCAUUGUUUCUACCUGUAUAAUUAUUUAGAACAUACCUGGAUUAUAUCUUUUGCAAUUUGCAAAGAUUCAUUUUUGUUUUUGAAGGAUAGUCAACCAUGAUAGUUAACUCGCCUUUUCUUUAACUGGUGCAAUAUAUUGUAAGAUAUAAUUUAUAACAAUCCAAAAUCUAUUCAUAUUGAGGUAAGAAAGGUGUGAGAAAAUUUGUUCUGUCGAUGUUGUGUUUGCUAACUAUAUUAGGAUUGAUGUUUUAAAAAACCGCUAUCCUGAAUAAGCAAAGAUGUUUUGGCUGUGGUAGUGUACAUUGCUAAUUAUAUUUAUUUAUAACAAUUUACUAUUCUGAGGCAAUACUGGUACAGAUUUAUCAUGUUACACAGUGCCUUUUUGUUUGUUUUAGUUUUUGUUGUUGUGGUUGAAGCUAUUACAUUUCCUGUAAUCAAGCAAGUGCCUUAUUCUUGUACAAACUUGAUACACACAUUUUAAUGCUGAACUAUUAUGAAUUUACGAAUACAUUCGUUUUGGGAUCUUUCUAUUGAUGUGAAGGUGAUUCACAUACACAUUUAUCUACAUUCUAAUUUGAUUUCAAUUGUUUUGCUGUAUUAUGCAUUCCUUAUUUUUGUAUUCAUUUUGAUGGUGUCAGAUUACCAUCAUAAUCAUAACCUUAUUGUACCAGUCAUCAAAUCAAGUUUUUAGAAGAGCCUUUUAAGCCUCUCAAGUGAAAAGAGGAAGAGAGAUUUAAACUAACUCAUGUAAAUUAAUUCGGUUGGGGGGGGGGCUAUUUUAUAUAAUUUCUGUUUUUAAUCUUUUCCUCAUUUUCUCUUUAUUUACUUUUUCAAGUUACAUUUCUCUAGAAAUUUUUGCUCAAGAUGCUUAUACAGGAAAUUGGAUAUAAUUUUUUUUUUUUUUUUUGUCGAGUGUUUAUGAAAUUCAACUUUGGAGGUCACAAUUAAUGUUAGGUAUAGAUUAUUCAUUUCUCAAUUCUAGUAUGUGAGGUUUUCUUAGACCAUUUGAUGUACUGUAGGUAUGCUCCCUGAAAUAUUUAGAACAUAUUUAUACAAUGUAUAUGGAAUUCAGUAGUUUAGGGUAGAAUAUUUGUAUAUUAAAGUUGUUGUGAUUUUCUGAAUGGAUUUCUAGUUUCCCUGCUUGUUUUGAGAUAAAGUGUUCUUGACAAUCUUUACUUGUCUUUCAUACAUUAUAUGUUUACUAUUUGGUGGUAUAUACAUUAAUGUCCUUAUUUGGAAGUUACACAUUUUGGAUGGUACAUCCUUCAUACUUCAAAUAGUUACAUUUUGAUGAUAUUUAAAUGAUUGUCCUUAAUUGGAGAUCAUACUUGGGUGGUGUACUGAUGUCAUACAAUACAGGGUUAGCUUAAAAACAACUGGGCAAUUACGCUUCAGCCCACUACAUUCAAGCAUCUAAAAUAUAUAAGUUCACAUGUGUACAUCUCUGCCUAGCUCCUACCACAAAGCAACUAUUUCACCACAAAAGUUGGAGAAUCAAUUUGUCUGUUUAUAGCCAGAAGGACAUUAGCAAAGGAAAAAAAUAAUAUCAAUUUAAUGCCCUUCUUUUACCAAGGAAAAGAUUUAUUGAUUUCUGCAUUGAUCCAAAUCCUGAUCAAACAGUAUCUAAAUGCUAUCUGCAUAUUUUGGUAUGCUCUAACACUUCACAACUACUUAUUUAAUGACUUUGUUAAAGUAUUUUAACAUUCCAUGUUCUUACAAGCUAUAAAUCAUACUGUUCAAUGCAAACUUUGACAGCCAAUAUCAAACUCAUUUAUAUUAUGAUAUUAUAUACAUGGAAUCUAGCUGGAAUGUAUAAAACUGUUAAUUUUUCAUAUUUAUUUACUUUUUGUAUCCAUUUAUUAACAUAUUUGUUAUAUAGCAUGAAUUAAAAUUGUGUUUUACAGAAGA